AUGUCGCGAAGGGGAUAUGCGUCCAAUUGGCAGGGCGCUCACAACCCCAACAUGGCGCCUCUCCCACCCAGACCACGCGGAGGCAAUGGUAGCUCCAAUGCGCCUGGCUACGCUCACUCUGCCUCUCCACACUCCGGUUACGAUAGUCCGCACCUGCGUCAGUCCUCGUAUACAGGCAAUCACAGUCCACAUCUUGAGCACGCUUCCUCGUCUGCUCCAUCCUCUUCAGGUGUCGAGGUUGCAACCACGCUAUUUGUCGGGAGCAUCUCGCCUGGCGUCUCCGACACUUGGCUAACUCGGCUGCUCGAAGCAUGCGGCAACUUGCGUUCACUCAAGCGCGCUUCCAAGGCAUUUGGAUUCGCAGAGUACGCAGAUCCGGAUUCGGUGCUGCGUGCCAUCGAGGUGCUCCAUGCAAGAGAGCUCCCGUCCAUGGGAGCCGAAGCUUCGGCUCCACCUAAAAAGCUGCUUGUCAAGGCGGACGAACGUACGAAACGCUUUCUGGAAAAGUAUCAACAAAAUCGCACCACCUCGUACGACGACAAGAAGAGAGAGAAUAGCGCCCUCUCCGCGGUAAGCGACAUUGUGCGUCAAAUGUCGGAUCCGAACGCUCAAGUCGAGACGGACCCCACCAAGCCUGGGUAUGUGGUCCCGGACCAUUUGAAAGAUCUGCCACCCGAAGAGCUGCCUGAAGACCAACGCGCCACUGUCCUCUCCGAAAUCGAGCAAUUUCGUCAGGCGGCUGCUGCAAGAGAUGCCGAGACGCGAAGAAGAGAAGCAGAGUACGAAAGACAAAGAGCAUUAGAAAGGGCAAGACGCGAAACCAUGCAAGCUACUGCCGCCGCCUCCUCUUCGUCUUCCUCUUCAUUACGCAACGGUAGAUCCACAGACGAUGCUCAAAGCUACCGUCGACCUGUCGACUUCCAUGCUGCCGGCACUUACGACGCCAAAGCCGAUGCUGCACUCGAACCAGAGGAGGUUGAUGAGAUCGAAGAAAAGCAGCGUCAGGAACGCAAGAAAGCUGCUGCUCAGGCGGCAUCGGUCGAUGCAGAGCGUGCCUACAUGAUCCGCGAACGUCAGCGUCUCGCGCACUGGGAAAAGGAGCAGCAUCGUCAACGCGCCGAAACCGAAAAGUGGCAACACGACGGAGUCGCCAUGUUACGCAGAUACGAAGACUGGAACGACGACGCUGCUACACGAAAGGAACUGUUUUACACCGAUCGACCUCGAUGGCGUCAGUUCCGCACAUCCGCACGCCGGAGAGAAGAGGAGGCGGAUGAGCGUGACCGUGCCGCCGAAGCUGAGGAAAUGGUGCGUGCACAGCAAGAGACGGAAAAGUUCUUGGCACUCCAAGCCGCUGAAAUGGCCAAGUUGACACAGCAGCAGCGCGCAGCUGGUGUACUCGUGCAAGAAGCAGGUGCACUUGCGCCGAUCAAGCUCACCUUUGCCACUGCGACCAAGGCGGACGGUGCAGCAGACACCACAGCCGGUGUGGCUGCGAGCACACCAAAUGGAACGAGUGCACAAAACGGUGCUGCAGGAGGCGGCGUGGCCGCCGUCAAACCGGGCACAGCAGUGCUCGGAGAAGCUGAAGAGGACGAGUCAAGUAAACGUACUGGUCGACUUACGCACAUCAAGCUUGACAGUGAUCUAUCGCCGCAAGACAAGGCCCGCAAGUUGGCACAGUUGACCGAGUCGUUGCCCAAGACGAGCGGCGAAUUGUUCGCACAGUCGCCGCAAUGGGAGUAUGUGGACGAGCAGCUGAUUCAGUCCAAGUACCGGCGUUGGGCAGAUGCUGAGAUCGAAGAUAGCUUGGGCGAGAAGGUGGAUGAGUUGGUCACCGUGGUCGUGGAGGCUUUGCAGAACCGAUCCGACGCUCGUGCCGUCGUGGAACAGGUUGAGCCGGUCUUGGCAGAGGAAGCAGAGGCGUUCGUCGACAAGCUCUGGCGUCUCGUGCUUGUCGAUUCGCUCGCUGCUGCUCAAGGCAUCACAGUCUAG